AAUUUUUACCUGGCAUCUCUGGUGGCGACGCCGCGAAACAUCAUCGGGAGUCAAUGUAAAAGAAUUUACAAUCGAAAAAUAUAAAAUACUCGAAAAUAAUAAUACAACCAAACAUAACCUACAAGAAAAUAAAUGAACAAUACAUGUGCAAAAAACACAAUCGAAUUAAAACACAAAAUUAAAUUAUAAUCUAACAAUACAAAGGCAAGAUGGGCCAUCACUGGCCUUAGCCUGUCACGUUAGUGACACAGCAAAUAAAAAAAAAAAAAAAAAGGUUGAUGUUUUGAAAUUUAAAAUUUAUUUUUGUGAUAUAUCUCCGUUUUGAACAGAAUGGUAAUUUGCACGUUCUUUUUGAACAACAAUUGCCGAUUUGGCUCCAAAUGCAACAAUGACCAUAUUGAUCUAUCAUCUGUUAUAAAAACCGAAGUGGAUGUAACAAUAAGGGGCAAUCAAUGGCCAUUGUCUUGCUUUGGUCCUUUUAAGGGUCGUAACUGCGUGCCAAAUUUUAUUGAAGACUAUUGUUUCGAGGAGAUUCGGAUGAUGUUUUUAGAGGCAAAAAUGCAAAACAACAUUGCCAGCCACCAGGUGCAAUUAAGUCAAAUGAUAAAUGAAGCAAAGCAAAAAAUGCAAUGGCUGUCAACAACCAAUCGGGAUAUCAUGAAUAUUUUGAUCGAGAUUUACAAUGAACAAGAGGAUUCAUCUAAGCCGCUAAAUCCCAAUCAACCUGCAGGAAAUCCAUUUGGAACACAAAUUGGAAGUAGCUCUGUGAAUAUUUUCGGUGGAGCAAAUUCCGGAGGAUUUGGAACUGCUAGCUCUGCAUUCGGUGUUUCCACAAAUACUGCUGGAAAUAUUUUCGGUACUGGCCCAAGUCAAACGACAACUAAUAUUUUCGGUGCAGCAACCAAUGCUAAUGCAAGCGGAGGCAAUCUAUUUGCUAAACCAGCUCAAUCUCCAGCACCGACUUCCAAUGUGUUUGGCAUCACAGCUUUAGGGCAACAACAGCAAUCAAAUAAUGUAUUUGGUGCUCCACCUGUGUUCGGAGGAACAAACCCGUCUUUGUUCGCCCCGGCAAAUCCAUCGCAAACUCCAUCAGGAGGCUCCUUAUUUGGAAGUAGCGUGGUUGCACAGUCUUCUGGAAAUCUUUUCGCUCAACAACCGCAAUCGACAUUCGGACAAUCAGUACCAGUGCAGAAUCCGUUUGCAAACCCAUCCCAAUCUCAGCCAGCGUCUGGCACUCCUUUCAUUGCCGCCCCGGUAGCAGCAACUGGAAAUCCUUUUGCCAAUUCCUCUUUCGGAACGACGGUACAACCAACCGGUUCAAUGCAGCAGAAUGUGUUUUCCUCGACGUUUAGUUCGCCCCUUCAACAGUCUACGAACCCAUUCGCGCAGUCUGUUCAACAGCAACAGGUUUCUCAGAGCCUCUUCUUGCCAGCUCCACAGGUGACGCAGACAAUUUCACCGAUGACAAACCAGCCGGCAGCACAAUUCGGAGCUACGGCGCAAUCAGCCUUUGGAGGAAAUUCUCAACAGGCGAUUCCCCCGAUAGUGGCUAGCCAACAGUCGGCCAACUUGUACAGUCGAUUAGAAGAUCUAUCCAAAGAACAGCUGGAAGCAUUUAAUGCUGAUCGAUUCGAGCUAGGUAAAAUUCCUACCGUACCACCUCCGCGAGAACUUUGUGGCUAAUAAGGUAUUGUUAAGGAAUUGAGUCAGUUUAAACGGAAGUGUGUUUGUUUUUAUUUGAUUAAUGCUACUUUUAGUUUGUUUGAUUAAUGCUACUGAACUGAUAGACAUAAAAAUGACUAAAUAAAAGCAAUUGUGCAUGUUAUUGUAAACCUUGGAAAUCGAAA